AUUUGGCCACUGUAAAACGGCGCCGUUGCCCGCGUUUACAUUUCGCGAAGCAAGGUACAAAAUAUUGGAGAGGGCAUACCACAGUUGCGGAGAGCUACGUUGUUUUGUCGGGUUGUGAAGGAGGUGCAAGCCCUUCGUGCCGAAAUGUCCGCCGUGACCAAUUCUGUGUGCUCACUGGCUGGCAAGUUUCGAGGUUGCCUCGUUGGCUCUCUCCUCGGCGACUGUCUGGGAGCGCCUUUCGAAGGCGACUUUCCCAUAUCCAAGUCUGUGCUCACGUCCUAUGUCUCAAAGCUCCUCGAUGAAUCUGCGAAAGGUCUGCUUCCUUUUCGUCCCUACACCGAUGAUACUGCAAUGACAAGGUGCUUGGCGACGUCUCUAAUCGAAAAGAAGGGAUUCCAUGCCAGUGACCUUGCCCAAAGGUUCACCUCAGAGUACUUCGAGCAGCCCAAGCGGGGCUAUGGCCCUAAUGUGGUUGAUGUGUUCCAUGCCCUCAAGAAAGGCAACUUUGAGGAUCCUUUUGGACCUGCCAAGUGCCAAUUUGAAGGCACGGGGUCAUAUGGAAAUGGUGGCGCAAUGAGGGUGGCCCCUGCUGCAUUGUUUUGUCACAAAAAUAUGGCUGAAAUGAUUUCUGUGGCUGAGAAACAGGCACGCAUCACACACACUCACAAGAAUGGCUACAAUGGAGCCGUCCUUCAGUGCCUGGCUGUGCACCGUGCUGUCACAUCAGAUGCUGAGGUACCCCUCAACAAAGCUGCAUUUCUGGACUUUCUCUUGGAGCAGAUGGACACCAUAGAGUCGAAAGGGACCAAGCUGGUGACAGAUCCAACAGUGGACAAGCCAUUCACAACAUCACUGCAAAAUAUGAGACGUGUGCUGUGCGAUGAACCUCGGGAUCUCUCUGCCGAAGAAGUUGCUGCCCUCUUUGGCAAUGACGUCUCGGCACACAAGUCAGUCCCAACAGCCAUCUAUGCCUUCCUCAGGUCACAUGAGCCACUGCCAUUCUUCCAGACCGAGAACCCUUUCGUUCGUGCCGUCGUGCUGUCCAUAUCAGUUGGCGGUGACACUGACACCAUAGCCUCCAUGGCAGGAAGUAUUUCUGGCGCUUUUCACAGUCUUUCAGGCAUUCCAACUGCUCUCCAAAGGCAUUGUGAGGGCCUGGACAUUACCCUCAAACUAGCAGAUGACAUGUAUGACUUUGUGGGGUCACAUUGAUCUGCUGGAAAACAAUGCUAAAGGAUCCCCUGUGUUCACCAAGCAUCAGCCAUAUGUACAGCUUAUGACUGACUUGUUGAUGUUAAUGAAGCAGUGAUUGCUAAACUCUGGCUAGCUUGCUUUUUACAGUUCACCAAGGGCCAGAGAGAGUAUUAAGAUCAGUAACUAUGGCUUUUAGCAGCUGUGCAGAAGAGCAAGUUAAUGGUGCUCAUUCAGGGUGCCAGGUUAUAGUGUUUUACAUUACUCUUACUUACCUUAAUUGCAUCAAAAUGGCAUGCUUUCCCUACUGUUUGGACUUGGCCAGCAGCUGUCUGCCAUAUUGCCGGUCAUGUCCACCUAGACCUUUAGCUUGGGUGGUAGGGAAGCUUGCUCUUGUUGUGACAACGAAUUUUACUUAGUGAUAGUGAAAGAAAGGUUGCUCAUUGGAACCAGUCAUGUUUGUUGUAGGCAUUAAUGCUCAUUCACUCUUGUUUGCAACAGCAGCAAGUAAGCAUAUAUUCAAAGUGAAUAUUGGGCCUAGUUGGUUAGCCAUUGUAAGUUAACAGCACACAGCAAACAGGACUCGGGAAGAAGUGCUUAUGUCUUCCCUGGGCCCCAUUCAUUGUGUGCUGUUGACGUAAGAACCAUGUAUAUAUGUGUCAUUGGGCCUGCCUUUUGUAAAGCAAAUAGUCAGGGCUGAGCAAGAUGCAGCGUAAACUUGAUCAUUUGGAUGUAAUUCAUAUUGGGUAAUUCAAAUGAAUAACUAUGGAAGGGCUAUGGGGAGUCAUUCAAAUAGAGUUCAUAAAACUGUACUUGCAAACAAACCUGUUUAUUCAAAUAGUUAAUUCAAAUGUAAUGCAUGCUGCUGUGUGUCCACUGGCAACUGUGAUCCUGACAGAGUGAUACAUGCUGCAGUUGAGGUCGAGCAGGCUGGAGAUGUUCUCACACAUCCCAUGGCUCUGUUACAGGACAGCCAAGUUGUAACACUGCAGUGGUGGUGGUUUGCCAGUCUAUGUUGUUUGCACUUCUGCAUGCAUUCUCGUAAAGGACUGAUUCUGCACAGCAGUCCCACUGCAAGAUGUAAAUGUAUCACUUUUAAAAUAGGUGCAAUGAAUUAAUAAAUGCGUUCUUCACAGCC